AUGGGAUCUGCCAUGCUACAACAACAGAUGAUAGAACAAGAAAAGGAACUGAAGGGGCUAGCGGAAAAAUGGGGAAAGAUUGAAGAAAGCAUUAGACAAAAAUCCAGGGUGCAAUGGCUGAACUUGGGAGUUGUUAACACAUCCUAUUUUUUCGCAAGUAUGAAGAAUAGGAACUCUAUGAACCACAUCAGGAAUCUUCAGGAAGCUGCAGGUUGCUUAUUAAAGACAGACCAAGAGAUCCAAGCGGAGGUCCUAGGAUUCUAUAAAAAUUUGUUGGGCUCAAACAACAACCAGUUACCAGCUAUUGAUCCUAAUUUCUCCCAAGUUUCUAGUUUGAUGGUGAAUAAAAGUAAGAGUUCUGUGUUUUUUGGAGGGGUGGAUGAUGUGGUACAAAAACAGAUCCUUGAUUACUUGGAGUUUGGGUGUCCCUCUAAGCACCAAGAAGAUCACUAUUACGCAAUGCUCCAACUGGUGAAAAGUGUCCUGUUUGCAAUCCAGACAUUUUGGGCACAAAUCUUUGUGCUCCCUAAGAAGAUCAUCCAAUUGAUAGAGGAUACGUGCAGAACGUUCUUGGGACUGGUCAAACAGAGGUUUCCAAAAAAUCCCCUUCUGGCAUGGCAUAAAUUAUGUUGGCCUGAGACUGCUGGGGGGUUGAAUCUAGUAGACAUUGGGUUGUGGAACAAGGCUGUGAUAUGUAAACACUAUUGGAAUCUUUGUAAAAAGAAGGAUAGGCUAUGGAUUCAAUGGGUUCAUGUCUACUAUAUUAAGAAGGACUCGGUAUGGGAAGUAGACAAACCUACUGUUUCGUGGAUUAUAAGAAAGAUUCUGAAGGGGCAGAGACAUUUCGAUGAAGCCGGCUAUUCUCAACAGGAAGUAAUGGAUAUGGACAACUUUUCCAUCAAAAAGUUGUAUCAAGGACUUAGAGGGGACUUCACAAAAGUGCCUUGGAGGAGAUUGGUAUGCAAUAACAUAGGGCUCCCAAAAUGGACAUUCACGCUUAGGCUAACUGCUCACAGGAAACUUUAUGCAAGGACUAGACUGGCUAAAUGGGGUGUGGUGGAUGACAAAGAAUGUAUGUUGUGUAAUACAAAUGAUGAGGAUGUGGAACACCUCUCUUUCAAAUGCUCAUACUCAAAGACUCUCUGGACAAAGCUAUUGGGAUGGCAAGGAAUUUCUAGGCAAGUGCUAGGAUGGAAUGCAGAACUUGAAUGGGCUGCAAGGUUCAUGACGGGUAAGAAUGCAAAAACUUUGUUGUAUAGAAUGGUGAUGGCAAGUUGUGUGUACUAUGUUUGGCAGAAGAGAAACAAUUGA